UCAUAACUUGCUGGACGCAUCAGAAGAUGGACUGACCAUCAAAACAUCUCGACUGCUCCUCUCCUUUGUCAUUAUCUGACUGUUGGGCCCCCCGAGGGCCACGAGGCAGCCGGUAAAAUGCAGGGCAGCAAGCAGUCAGCCAGGAAGUCACUCUGGCACUUCAUGUCACCGUUCCGCACCCGUCAGGAGCGGGUGGUUCUGGCCCGGAGUGAGAGCCUGCUCGGGGAGCAGGUGCUGAAGAUCAUGGUCACAGAGACUACAAUGAUCGAGGCAGAAUCCGGAGUGUGGAACUGGCGCUCUCUGUCCUACCUGGGCCUCUGGUACUUCUUCAGCUUCUGCACUCUGUUCCUCAACAAGUACAUCCUGUCACUUCUGGAAGGUGAACCGAGCAUGCUGGGUGCCGUCCAGAUGCUCUCCACCACCUUCAUAGGCUGCCUGAAGAUGUUUAUUCCCUGCUGCCUUUACCAGCACAAGUCCAGAUCCGAGUAUCCUCCCAACUUCAUCAUGAUCAUGCUGUUUGUUGGACUCAUGAGGUUCACCACUGUGGUUCUGGGCUUAGUGAGCCUGAAGAAUGUUGCCGUGUCGUUUGCUGAGACUGUGAAGAGCUCGGCGCCCAUUUUUACCGUCAUUAUGUCCAGGCUGAUCCUCGGAGAGUACACAGGUCUGUGGGUGAACCUGUCCCUGUUUCCUGUCAUGGUUGGUCUGGCCCUCUGCACAGCUACAGAGAUCAGCUUCAACAUGCUCGGCUUCUCCGCCGCUCUGUCCACCAACAUCAUGGACUGCCUGCAGAACGUUUUCUCCAAGAAGCUGCUGAGCGGUGAUACGUACAGAUUUAGCCCUCCAGAACUGCAGUUCUACACCAGCGCAGCAGCAGUCAUCAUGCUCAUACCUGCCUGGGUUUUCCUCCUGGACAUUCCUGCGAUUGGGAAGAGUGGACAGAGCUUCAUGCUCAGUCAAGACAUCAUCCUGUUGCUGCUGUUCGACGGGUGUCUGUUCCACCUGCAGAGCGUCACGGCCUACGCGCUCAUGGGUCGGAUUUCGCCGGUUACGUUCAGUGUUGCCAGUACUGUUAAACACGCCCUAUCCAUUUGGCUGAGCGUCAUCGUGUUCAGUAACCAGAUGACAAUCCUCAGCGCCACGGGCACCGUCGUCGUGUUUAUCGGCGUCUUCUUGUACAACAAAGCCAGACAGAUCCAGAGGAAGACGCUUCAGGCGAUGGCUGCCGAUCAGAACCACAAACUGCUGCUGCAGGACCAGGACAUCCAGGCCUCUCAGUCAUAAUGAGAACUCAAAGGAAACACAUUCCAGAUUAAAACAACCUUCUCUUUCAGGUUUAACGCAGUUUUUUGAAAAUGUUCUUGAACUGUAGCGUCUGAAGCUAUCAGC